AUGGGGAUCACCGGGCCACGGCGUCAUCGUCGCGGUCUGCUCGCCGCCUGCCUCUUGAUCGUCGGCCUGCUCGAUCAGGGAGCUUGCAGGACAAAUGCACAGGGCAUUGAGGGGUUGAUCCUUGGUGGGGACGAUGCGGAGCCAGGGGAAUUUCCUUAUAUGGUGACCCUCCAAAGGGGCCGCUUCCUGGAUCACUUCUGUGGUGGUGCAUUGAUAACCCCAAACGUUGUAAUCACGGCUGCACACUGUGUGGAGCAGACACUUAACAGUAAUGCCCCUCCGCAGUUCCCAACUAUGCGAGUGGGUGGAGUUGAGAGGUUGAAUGGCAAAGCGAAGCCCAAUGAAAUAGUGGAGGUUUUCAAAGCUUGCAAGAGGGUGGUGCACCCAGAGUUUACAGGAGAUCUCACGCAAGGUUUUGACAUUGCCCUCCUCAUGAUAAAUGGCUCUUCGUCAGCCGUUCAAGCAAAAGUUGACAGCGACCCUGGACUGGAGGUUGGGGUUGAACUGACCGCAAUCGGCUUUGGGCUUUUUGGCAAUGGAUCACUGCCAGCCAGAAGAUUGCAGAAGACCGAUUUCUUAGCAUACAUCACCAACGAGGAAUGCACAAAGCUGUACGAGCCAAUUGGGUUGCCGAUAAUUGACACCAUGAUGUGUGCAUUCGACACCGAAUCUGAUGCCUGCAAGGGAGAUUCUGGUGGCCCGUUGCUGACAAAAGCGGGAUUUGGAGAUGGCAGAAACAAGGAUGGGGACAGAACCGAUGUGAUCGUUGGCCUCACGUCUUUUGGGCCCGAACAGGGAUGUGGGGACAUGGAAAAGCCCGCUGUCUACACGCGUGUCUCAUCGUUCUUCGACUGGAUAAUGGCGAGCAUUGAAGACAUGAGCAGUGCAGCGUUUUCAGGAGACCAAAAUCCCGAGUGCAAUGAGGAGCCCUGA